AUGCCGUCCCAAGAGGCCAAGAUCCUAGGUGACUUCCUCCUCGCCUCUGCUCCCUUGCGCGACUUCAUCACCCUACGCGACUUCACCGACAUCUUCCCCCGCGCCCAUCGGUCCAACCCCGCUGUACAGGAGAUAUAUCGCGAGCUCCAGAGGAUACGCGACAAGGAUGUCGAGCUCGUUCGUCAAGACAUCAUCGACGAGGUCAAACGGUCAAAGCAGCUAAGGCGCGAGUAUGCACGGGAACGACGCCAAGUAGACGAUGCCACUGUCGCCGGACUAGAUCCGAAUACGCUUCAAAUGGAAGAAGAGCUCUCCGGCCAGAGUCGUAAGAAGCCGCACACUCUACGCACCGUCCACUCCGACAUCGAAGAAGCAUGCCAAAGCCUUGAGGCUCAGAUCGCAGAAAUGGAGCAAGAGAACAGAAGAGCCUUGGCAGAAGUCCAAGACGUUGUGGGCGCGCUCAGUGAACUGCGGCAUGGCCGGUUCGCCCCUUCAUCCAGCGGUGAGGGGAUUGGGGAGGAGGUCAUGGCUACGCUCAAGCGGCUCGAGACCGUAUGCGAUAAACCGGGAGGAUGA